UGUAAAUAUAAUUGUAAGAAUAAAGCUGGGUUUAGUUAGGGAAGUUAUGUUCUUUAAUAUCCUGCUGGUGCCAUCUGACAGUAAACCAUGAAAGUAAUGGCGCGAACCAUUUCUUUUUGGUUGCCUCUAUAAAAUAUAUUUCAUAUUGUACAGUUAGUUCCCGCCUACAUCCAUCAUUAAACUUAUACCUGAAAGAAUUUAGAAGUUCUCUAUGUAUGAUUUUAAUUGUUUCGGAAUACGAUUGUCGGUUGUUUUCCGGUAUCGUUAAUUUUGAAAGUGUUACCGUAUCGUUUCCAAGAUACAGUUUCUGUAAUUAUCGAUUUUGACGAUGUGUUCAUUGAGAUGUCAGUAAUAGAAGUGUAUCGGUAUUUUAAAGUAUUCUACGUUUGCUAUUAAUAUUUAAAAAUUGUUUAUUCUGCGAUAAAAAACAAUUUUUUGAAGAGGUGCGUUCUUCAUUUACCACUAGAGCGCGCUAAUCGUAUCAUAUUCAAAACGAUAUAUAUCUAUUAUAAACAGUUCUAUUCCUAUCCACGUGGGUGACGGUUGUAAUUGCUUGAUAAUUAAAAAGAAUGGCUAAGAAGGUAAAGAAAAGUACUAGUAACGCAAAGAAGAUUGAUACAAAUGUUCAUGAAAUAAAAACCAAUAAGAAAAAGAAACAAAAAGAUCAAGAUAAAAAUAAAAUUGCUAUCAUUAAAGAUAAAAAUGAAUUUAAGAAGAAAUCAAAGGACAAACAUAAGCUAGCAAAAAAAUUCAAACAGAUACCUGACGAAGAAAAACAUCAAGCAGUUGCUAACCUUGUAAAGCAAAAUUCUGUGAAAGUAUUAGAUACGAAAAAUAAAAGUCAAAGUAUAAAGACUAGAUUUCAAGCUAGAAAUAAAAAGCAAAGGAGAAUGCUUAAAAACAGUGAUAGACGUGAAAGGAAAGAACAUAAUACAAGAAACAAAAAUUUUAAUCAAUCCAGUAAUAAGACUGAUACUGACAGUGUUAAAAAAGUAUUAAAAGAAAAAGAAUCUAAGAGCAUGAAGCGUAAAAGGAAUGAGAAAGAAACAAAUAAUAAGACAACAAAAUUUGAUUCAACAUCACAUAAAGCUAAGAAACAAAAGAUUGUGCAAAAGAAAGACCAUAAUUCUAAAUCAUCCACAAAUCAUCAUAAACUAGAUAUUAAAAGACUGAAGAAGUUAGUAGAGAAAGAAACAAAAGGUCAGCAAGAAAACACAAAACCACAACCUGCACAAAAAAGAACAGGUAAACAAAAGGCAACAAAGGGACAAAAAGAGAAUACAAAACUGCAGUCUUUGGGGAAACAAAUAGGUACUAAGAAGAAAAAAGCAAAAAAUCAAAAAGAGAAUGUAAAACCUGAAUCUUUAAGGGAACAAGUAGUUGUUAAACAAAAGAAAACUAGAAAUUGGAAAGAAAAUAUGAAUACAUCCUCUCUGAGGGAACGAAUGAUGACUAAGUUAAGAGCAUCUAGAUUUAGGUACAUAAAUGAAUCACUUUAUAGUAGUGAAAGUACAGAAUCUAAUAACUAUUUUCAAAAUGAUCCUGACUCAUUCAAAGCAUAUCAUGAAGGAUACAAACAACAGGUUGAACAGUGGCCUGUGAACCCACUUGAUGUUAUAGUAUCUUCAAUUAAGAAGAUGUCAAAGAGUAAUAUAAUUGCUGAUUUUGGUUGUGGGGAAGCCAAACUUGCUGCUUCUGUUCCCCAUAAAGUGCAUUCUUUUGACUUUGUUUCAUUGAAUGAAAAUGUAACUGCUUGUGAUAUGGCACAUACUCCAUUAUUAACAAAUGGAGUCCAUGUUGUUGUAUUCUGUUUAUCUCUGAUGGGAACCAAUCUUAAAGAUUAUAUUAUAGAAGCCAAUAGAGUACUAAAAAAAGAUGGUAUUUUGAAAAUAGCUGAAGUUGAAAGUCGAUUUGAGAAGGUGGAAGAUUUUAUAAAAACAAUAGAGAGCUAUGGUUUUAAGAACACCUGGACUGAUUUGUCCCAUAACUUAUUUUAUUUCUUAGACUUUAAGAAAGAGAAAGACAUAGGUAGCCACAGAAAUAAGUUACCUUCUAUUACUUUAAAUCCAUGUUUAUAUAAAAAACGAUAAUAAUUAAAUAAUGGACAUAUACAUUUUAUAUGUAUUU